AUGAAAGAUCAGAUUGAAUCAAGUUUAUAUUCCCAGAGGACCAAAAUUAGUGCUGAGGAUAAGGAUUCAUUUAGUUGUAGAAAAUCUAGUCCUUUUAACAAAGAGACUAGGAAGGAAAAAAGUUUGAGUGUGUUUUUUUCUUCUUGUUCGAGAUUAUCCCUUUUGGGGCUGUUAUGUAUAUUUUUAUUGAAUUUUUAUAUAUAUAAUGGUAAUUGUAAUGUAGUAGAAGGUACCAUUGGUCAUAAAAGAAAGCUGUCUGAAUUAGUAGACUCCAAAAGUGGUUGUUUGAGAAGUGGUGAAAAUGAAACGAAUGUAAAAAGUUCAUCAUCUCAAACGGAUUCUGUAUUAAGCAGUAAUAAUUUGACAGAUUUCUAUAAUUCAUAUAAUGAAUUUAAUAUUAAAGAUGAAUUAGACGAUAUAUUUAAAAGUAUAGGAUUAACUUCUUUACAUGAUAAAUAUUAUGAUUUAACAAAACAGUGGAGUGAUGAAAAAAUUGAAGAGAUUAUAAACUCUUUAUUGGAUAUUCCAAAUAAAUUUGAUGUACUUACUAUAUGGAUGCAAGUCCGAGGUAGUGAGAAAUUGAAGAUGCAUAAUAUGUUGUAUGGUUUAAGAUUAUUAUAUAAAGAAUUAAUUAAUAAAUAUAAUAUACCAAUGGAAUCAUGUACACAUAUAUGGCUUAAUUGUUAUUAUGACAUAACGAAUUAUCAUUUAUAUAUAGAACAUGAAAAUAAUAUUAAUUUCCUUGACUUAACUACUAAAGAAAUAUUGACGCGUACAGAUUUUAUAGACUUUAUUAAAGACACGAAAAAUAAAUUCAACAAAUUAAGAAAUGAAUUAAGAGAAACUGUAAGGAAAGAUUUAAUAGACAAAUUAACACCUAGACAUAUGGAAUAA